GAGUGUGUGUGUGUGUGUGUGUGUGUGUGUGUGUGUGUGUGUGUGUGUGUGUGUGUGUGUGUGUGUGUUGUGUGUGUGCGCGCGCGUGCGUGCGUGCGUGCCUGUGUGUGUGCGUGCGCACAGCUCGAGUGUUGUUUACAGCGGUGAUCCUCGGAGCAGCAGAGAGAGAUCACAGGAGUCUGGGCCGCUGCAGUGCAGCUCGGUACCGCAGCAGAAACCUUCAAUACCAAAGUGUUUAUUUUUAUUUAUUUUUUAAAACACACAAAACAGGCUAUUAUUUUAGUCGACGUGGAAAACCAUCCGCAAACCCAAGAGCACGGUGUUAAUAGGGAUUAUUUCUACUGCAGAAAAAGCAGGUCGCGAGAGCGCAGACGGAGGGAGGGAGAAGGAGAGGAGCUGCAGUUGGUCGAAACCAUUUUUGUCCUGGCGGAUAUUUUGGAUGUGGCCCUAUUGGGAAGCUCAUUGAACGGAGGGCUACGUUUUUCAUUCAUAGCCUAUCCGAGUCAUCCUCGGCUGAACCCUGAGCUCGUUGUUUCCUCACACGUCCCAGGGAUUCACUGCAAUCAGACCGAGUGUGAACCAAAAAACAAUUCGGUUUCCAAUAAGACGGUUUAGUUUGGGAUGAGAGAGGUUUUAGUUUUCUGACUGUGAAGUUAGCUAUAGCGCUGCUUUCUGUUUGCUCUCUCUCUCUCUCUCUCUCUCUCUCUCUCUCUCUCUCUCUCUCUCUCUCUCUCUCUCUCUCUGAAAUGGAGGCUGAAGAUGCGGAUUGUCGUUCGUGUGAACUGCACGGGUCGAGACGCUUCAGAUGUCCCAGUCGUUGGCAGGAAUAACACGUCUUCAUCGAUCUGAAUGUUUUCUCAAGAGGAACAAUUUAAUUCCAAAUGUGGAACAAGGCCUUUCUGUUGGUCAGAAAGCCGCUGAAUGCGACAGGAAUGAGACCAGAAACAACGAGGAAUAUUCCGACCUUCUUCUGGGGUCUGGUGCUGUGUGUGUGCGCGAUGCGCCACUUCACCAGCGGACAGAUUGGAGAGAUCUGUGGACCUCACAUUGACAUUCGCAAUGAAAUCAGCGAGUUCAAGAAGCUGGAGAACUGCACGGUGGUGGAGGGCUACCUGCAGAUCCUCCUGAUAGGAGAUAAAAACCACAACCUUCAACAGGAGUUUCGCAUGCUUAGCUUCCCCAAGCUCACCAUGGUCACAGAUUAUCUACUCCUGUUCCGUGUAGCCGGCCUUGACAGCCUCAGCACGCUCUUCCCCAACCUCAGUGUCAUCCGAGGACGCAAUCUUUUCUACAACAACGCCCUGGUAAUAUUCGAGAUGACCAGCCUAAAAGACAUUGGCCUGUACAACUUGAGGAACAUCACACGAGGGUCCAUUAGAAUUGAGAAGAACCCAGAGCUGUGUUAUCUUGACUCUGUGGACUGGUCUCUCAUUAUGGAUGCAGAGUUUAAUAACUACGUUUCUGGAAACAAGCUGUCCAAAGAGUGUGGAGAUGUCUGCCCUGGCAUUAUGGAGGACAACCCUCAGUGUUUCAGGACCAGCUUUAACGACAUUUAUAGCUUCCGCUGCUGGACCUCCAGCCACUGUCAGAAAGCAUGCCCACCAAAAUGUGAGGGUCAAGCCUGCAUGGAUUCGGGCGAGUGCUGCCACCCACAGUGCCUGGGGAGCUGUACGGAAGCCGGUAAUGACAUGGCGUGUGCAGCCUGCCAGCAUUAUUCCCAUGAGGGCCGCUGUGUGCCAGACUGUCCUCCUGGCACCUAUCGUUUUGAGGGCUGGCGCUGCAUCACCAAGGAGGUUUGCGCCCAGGUUCAUUUGCCCAGCGAAGUGGACUUUGUCAUCCACGAUGGAGAGUGCAUGCCUGAUUGCCCACCCGGCUUCAUGCGCAAUGAGAGCCAAAGUAUGUAUUGUAACGCAUGUGACGGCCUCUGUGAUAAGGUCUGUGAAACUAAAACCAUCGACUCGGUGGACGCCGCCCAGUCCCUCCAGGGCUGCACUGUUAUCAGAGGCAACCUGCACAUCAAUAUCCGUCGAGGCAACAACAUUGCUUCAGAGCUGGAGAGUUUUAUGGGCUUGAUCCAAACAGUGACAGGUUAUGUGCGGAUCAAACACUCUCACGCCCUGGGCUCUCUAUCGUUCUUAAAGAGUCUGCGCUACAUUAACGGAGAGGAGCUUUUAGAAAAUAUGUAUGCAUUCUCAGCGCUGGAUAACCAGCACCUGCAGUAUUUGUGGGACUGGAGCCAGCACAACCUGACCAUCAGAGCAGGUAAACUUUUCUUCCGCUCCAAUCCUAAACUCUGCAUGUCCGAGAUUCACAAGAUGUGGGAGAAGACGAGUGUCCUGGAGAAAAUGGAGCAAGAUGAUGUUCGCAACAAUGGGGAACGAGCUAGUUGUGAAAGUCAUAUAAUAAAAUUCAAGACCAACAAUACCCAGAGCAAUCGAAUAAAACUUACCUGGGAACGCUACCGACCGCCAGACUACCGAGAUCUCAUCAGCUUCAUAGUCUACUACAAGGAAGCACCAUUUCAGAACAUUACAGAGUUUGAUGGACAGGAUGGCUGUGGGUCCAGUUGGACCAUGGUAGACGUGGACCUCCCUCAGGAGAAAUCAUUGGAUCCAGGAGUUUUGCUUUACCCGUUAAAGCCCUGGACUCAGUAUGCCAUUUUUGUUAAAGCCAUCACUCUGGUGGUGGAGGAUAAACAUACUGUUGGGGCUAAAAGCAAUGUGGUCUACAUCCGUACCAAAGCUUCCGAGCCCUCGAUGCCAAGGGAUGCCCGUUCAUAUGCAAAUACAUCUUCGUCUCUCGUGGUGAAGUGGUCUCCUCCCAUUUCCCCAAAUGGAAAUGCCACCUUCUACCUGCUCCGCUGGCAACAGCAGCCUGAGGACCGUGAGCUCUACCAGCACAAUUACUGCUCUAAAGAACUGAAGAUCCCAAUCCGCAUUUCAGCCACAGCCCUGUCAGAAGUGGAAGAGGACUCUCAGCCCACUAAGUCAGACAUGGCUGGUGGUGAGAAAGGCCAGUGCUGCAAGUGUCCCAAGACAGAUGAAGACAAAAAGGCAGAGGCAGAAGAGCGUACCUUCAGCAAAGCAUUUGAGAACUUCCUUCAUAAUUCUGUAUUCACACCCAGACCUCACAACAGUAGACGUCGCCGGGAACUAUUUGGGGUUGCUAAUGAUACAUUAGCACGAAGCUUGGGUCAGAACAUGACCGCGUCGGAUGGCAACAUGACAGAACCCGAGCUUGUAGAGCGAGUGUAUCCAUUCUCAGAAACCACAUCUCAGAUAGAGUUCAUGGAGAUCUUCAACCUGCAACCAUUUACUGUCUACCGUAUAGACAUCCACGCAUGCAAUCAUGAAGUUCAGCGAUGCAGUGCUGCUGCCUUUGUUUUUUCCAGGACCAAACCUGCAGAAAAAUCUGACAACAUUCCUGGCCCGGUAACCCAUGAGAUGGAUGAGAAGACAGAGGGGAUGGUUCUGUUGAAAUGGCCUGAGCCUCCACAACCUAGUGGUCUCAUCCUCAUGUAUGAACUCAAGUUCCGCCUGGGGUCAGAGCCUGAGAAGCAUGAGUGUGUGUCGCGGCAACAGUACCGUGAGCUCGGAGGAACCCGGCUAACCAACCUGGGGUUUGGCAACUACUCAGUCCGUGUGAGGGCCACCUCGCUAGCAGGAAAUGGAUCAUGGACUGACUCGGUGUCCUUCUAUGUCCCUCAAUCCAAGCAAGCCUAUGACAGUAUGGUCUACCUAGCCAUUACACUCCCCAUAGGAGUGCUGAUCUUAUUUGUCACUGUCAUUAGCACCUUCUUCCUUGUCAAAAAAAAGAGGAACAGUGAUAGAUUGGGGAAUGGAGUUCUCUAUGCCUCUGUAAACCCAGAGUACUUCAGUGCAGCAGAAAUGUAUGUGCCCGAUGAGUGGGAGGUGGCUCGUGAGAAGAUCACUCUGUGUCGGGAGCUGGGCCAGGGCUCUUUUGGCAUGGUGUAUGAGGGCAUUGCCAAAGGUGUGGUCAAGGAUGAACCUGAGACCAGGGUGGCCAUCAAGACAGUUAAUGAAUCGGCAAGCAUGCGUGAACGCAUUGAAUUCCUCAAUGAAGCCUCUGUCAUGAAGGAAUUCAACUGUCAUCAUGUGGUACGAUUGCUGGGAGUAGUUUCACAAGGCCAGCCCACUCUGGUGAUCAUGGAGCUCAUGACACGAGGUGACCUGAAGAGUUACCUGCGCUCCCUACGCUCAAAACAGCAGGGUUCAUGUAGCCAAUCUCUCCCACCGCUGAAGAAGAUGAUUCAGAUGGCUGGCGAGAUUUCCGACGGCAUGGCAUACCUCAAUGCAAACAAGUUUGUCCACCGAGACCUGGCCGCCAGGAACUGCAUGGUGGCCGAAGACUUCACUGUCAAAAUUGGAGAUUUUGGCAUGACACGGGACAUUUAUGAGACGGAUUACUAUCGGAAAGGAGGCAAAGGACUCCUGCCCGUCCGCUGGAUGUCCCCCGAGUCUCUGAAAGAUGGCGUCUUCACCACAAACUCUGAUGUCUGGUCAUUUGGGGUGGUGUUGUGGGAGAUAGCCACCCUUGCCGAGCAGCCUUACCAGGGCAUGUCCAAUGAGCAGGUACUGCGAUUCGUCAUGGAAGGAGGCCUGCUGGACAAACCGGAUAACUGCCCAGAUAUGCUGUUUGGGCUGAUGCGCAUGUGCUGGCAGUACAACCCCAAAAUGCGUCCCUCCUUCCUGGAGAUCAUCAGCAGCAUCAAGGAGGAGCUGGAGCCUUCCUUCCAUGACGUCAGCUUCUUCUACAGCGAUGAGAACAAGCCACCUGACACAGAGGAGCUUGACAUGGGAAACAUGGAGAACAUCCCGCUGGACCCUGCCUCCACCCUGACUCCACCCUCCUCUCAGGGGCUUACAGAGACUGCUACUUUGCCCUCUGCCCCCAUGACCUGCACCUCAGUCCCUACACCCUCCACCUCACCUUCUUCCUCUACAGCGUCUCCAGCUUUGGACUCACACUUCGACAACACACAGCCGUAUGCACACAUGAACGGCGGCCGCAAAAACGAGCGAGCGCUUCCGCUUCCACAGUCGUCGGCCUGCUGAAUUCACGGUAUCCCAUAAUUUCCCUUACACAUGUUUGUGGUAACUUGUACUUUUUUCUUAGUCGAAAAAACAAACUCAAGGAGCAAAAAUGGAGUUGAUACCCAGAUAGACAAUGUCCUACUGUAAAUCAGUACAUUGCUUACUUAUUUUUAUGAUGAUGAUGAUUAUUAUUAUUAUUAUUAUUUUUAUUUUUAUCACAGUGCAAGAUUUAUGUGUGGCACACAGAAAGGCUGCGUAAUGCUCUGGCAAUAUUUAAAAUGACUCACAUAACCAUCACACUGGGGAGCUGCAGCAGAAACUUCUUUUGUAUCAUAUUUUGUUGCUUUUUAAUGUCCUAGAGGAGGUUUAAAGAGGUAUAAGCAUAUUCUCAGCCAGAGAAUUGUAUAUAAACUUUUUUUUUCUUCGUGUAUCACCCAACAAGCCCAACUUUCUGAGCACUUUUUAAAGGGCUUGUGUGUGUUUGUGUGUGCAUGUCUUGAGGUGUAUGUGGGUUUUUGCCAAAUGAAAACGCAUAUAUUCCUCUCUGCCAUGCUGCAUAUCUUUCCCUCACCUGCUCUCUUUAUCAUCACAUUUCUCUUUCAAGGUAAAGUAGAGGGCAUCUCUGCUAGGAUAGCUCGUUCUCAUGUUAGAACUGUGGCCUGUUUGGUCAAGUUGUCGUUUGCUCCAGCCCCAAAGAUGGGGCUUUUUGAAACUGCCGAUUUUAUUUUUAUUUUUAUUUUUACCAAAUCAAUACUUCUUUUUCAUAUUUAUUAAUCAGCAUGUUUAUGUUUCCCCUCUUUACUUCCUAAAUUUUGUUUGAACAAGAAAGUACUGCAGUCAUGAAACUAUAACUCCUACACUGGCCUCAUGCUAUUAUUUUUUUCCUGGUAAAGCAGUCGGUCUGCUCUCCCCUCUGGCAUAGCUCUGAUUGUCCAACUGUGACAUGACCGUGUCCACUCCAGCAUCUGAGAGAUGCACAGCCACGAUGUGUUGUUUCAAAUGACAUACAAACAGUCUGACAGCAAACGACGACAAAGAGCAUGUUCCAAGUGCUGAGCCAGAUAAGAGGCAUACAAGAUUGUCUCAAACAUGAAGCAAACCGUUUGGGCUAAGAGGAUCACCGGUCUUGAAACUUGUUUGCAUAGACUUUGAGGCAUUGUACACGGCAGGUAUUUUGUUCACCUAGAUCUUUGUCUCUAUACAAAUCCGCCAAUUCUACAAAGGUCUUACAGUUGUAUGUUAGACCACCAGAUCAUUUACACACAUCAUUGGUUUGUCACUUUUGAUAACUUUUUUACAGCUCUGAUGUUCUUUGUCUGUACAGAAAGAAGCUGCUAUUUUAUCCUUUUUUUUCUUCAAGGAUGUUAUAUAUAUAUAUAAAUAUAUAAAUAUAUAUAUAAAGAAAUCCUUCAGGUUUAAUAUUUUAUGAUCUCCACUACAGUCCAUUUUCUUAUGCUUUAUACUCUUCUAGCAAAAAAUGAAAGAAAAACAAAAAAAGGAAGAAAAAUUAUAUUUAAUAAACAGAUUUUCCCCUUCCGCUGAGAGGUUGUCUAGGUUGCCACAUACAAUCCAUUGCCUUAUGUUUUUAAUGUAUUAUUAUUAAUAUUAAUAUUAUUAUUAUUAUUACUGUGUUUGUGUAGGUUUUUACAAAGGCCCUUGGUCUGUGUGAGUAGUUUUGGCACCCUUGUACCAGUUUUCUAGCACUGCACCCCAGGUGCAACUGAAUCUCAGGUCAGAGUUAAGAUUUUGCUCUCUCCAUGCAUCCUUGUCCCAGCUCCUCCUUCAAAUCUGUUGCUUUGUCUUUGGUGUACUGGCGCUCUCUCUUGCUGCUCUGCCUCCCAUGAGUGUUGUACAGUGAUUUUUCUGCCUCCCCCAGUGCCUCAUUCUUAAUUCAAGAUUCAUCUUACUUUUGUUGUGUGUAUGUGUGUUUUUUUAAAUAUCACUAUCACCCCAUCUGUAUAAUUGCUUAGCAUCUGACAGGGCUACUUGGGUCAUCUUAGGUUGCCUUACAAACCCCAACCUGCUCGCCUGCGCUCUAAAGCAACAUGCUGCUGUAGGCUGCAUUCUCCAAUGCGCCUCAGCGUAGUCACACGCUCUUGAUGGGUGCAGGCUUCUCUGAUGAGACAUCUGGAAACCAAAUACAGACAGGGCUCCAGCUCAGUGGUCUUGUCAUUUCAUUGAGAGUGAAAGAGGCUCGUUUUUUUGAUUUGACAAAAAUUUAUUUCUAUUUUGAAGGAUUUCUCUUUCUAUUUUGAGUAGUGUUUCUCAUGUGUAAUUUGACCCUUGAUAGAAGGCUGUUUUCCUCUCCUUUAGGGUUAUUUAUUCUAUUUUGUGUUUGUGUGUGUGUGUGUGUGUGUGUGUGUGUGUGUGUGUGUGUGUGUGUGUGUGUGUGUGUGUGUGUGUGUGUGUGUGUGUGUUUGAGAGAGAGAGCGAGAGAAGUUUAAAUCACUGUAUAAAUGGCCCAAUGUAUAUGAGUUUUUAAUUGUAUUUUCCAUGAUGUCAUUACUGGGGGACUUUAUUUUCCAUUUCUUUCAAGCAUUUAUCUACCUCACUCUUUUUUUUUGUUAUUAUAUAUGUAUGUUCAUAAAAAAAAAAAAAAAAAAAAAAAAAAAAGAAAGAUCUCACUAUUUUCUCAUGUCUGUAAGAGACAAACUUCAGCCUCUAGACAAACAAACCUCAUCAGCAUCACAAAUCACAUGCUCUCAGAGGACUGGAGAGAGGAGGGCUGUGUAGCUACAUGCAAGCCCAAAACAAGCAGCCCAAACUGUAUCCCACAAAAAAAAAAAAAAAAAACCACACAUACUGUAAGAGUAAUAUUUUACAGCCGAAUGUAGGUAUCUAACUGACAGUUACAAUUCUGGACAAAUCAGUGUAUUUGCACACUUCCAAAAUUCUUUGUAAUGAAAAGGUUAUUCCUUCUAAGUAUCACUGGCUUGUCUGAUUUUAUAAGAGCCAUAAAUAGGACAAGGCGUAUAAUAUUUUGGACAGACCUGCAUAAGCUUUAGCCAUCCUCUCUCCAUUCAGUAAAGUGAUUUCCGCAACCAGGAAUCCUCCGAUCAUGCAGCUGGCUUUGAGCGUUUGCCAUUUAUGGUUUUAUACAAAUACUGCUGUGAUUGAUUUUCUGCCUAAAGUCAAACUGUUGCAUUUCCAAAGCGAGUACAGUUAAGAGUAUACUAUACUUUAUAUUAGUAUAUCAAAUAUACUAUACUCUACUAUAAUCUUAAGAUAAAAUCUUAAGCCAGCAAAACCACUAUUUUGCAUUCAUUUAUUUAUUUGCUGAUCUUACAGUAUAUUUCCUGUUCAGGCCUGAAACAGUUCUAAUUUUCUGACUCAUUUGGUACUGUUUAACUGUCCAAGCUUUGGCACUGACAGAGAGCAGAAACUGUAGUGCCGUUCCUCUCUACUCUAGCUCUAACUCCAGCAGACAUACUGAUGUGAUUUUUAGUCUGCAUUCCUCAUUAAAAAAAGUUUUUAAAAAACCCGAUUUGUCUUUUUCAGAGCGGCUUCACUUUCAGCUAUAAAAGUACCACUGCAACAUUCCUUCACUUUUCUACUAACACUUAACACCCACAGACCAGCCAAAUAUAUAAAUAUAGUCUUGAGCCAGUUUACAUUAAAAUAAAACUGUUUAGCAUUAUGAUCAUCUCAGUAUUUAAUGAUUACACUAUAGCCCGUACCUCUGUGAGAGACUAUGAGCUGUUUGUACACUUUCAGCUGUAAGAAACUAAAUCUUGACUCGAUAAUUUUAAAAAUGUAAAAUAAGCACCAAAGUAUGUGCUUUUGGGAAAUUUGAUAUUUAAGUAUUUGGCCUUCUGUAGACUCAAUGUUCCUGCAUGCUGUGCUGAUUUGGUUUAAAACGUCCUUUCUUUCAUCCAUUUGCUCCAGAAAUUUCCCAUACUCAUCUAUCUCAUCCUCCUUUUCUAGAGAGAAAGAAAGACAGAAGUGUCUGGGUUAUUGUGUCUCUCUCUGCUGCUUCAAAUAUGCUGCUCCUCUGUCUGUUUUUAAGGCCUCUCCAUCUCCUUUCAACUGGCUAUCCGGAGCUUUGGGCAGGUGCUCGGUCUCAGCAGAACAGUUUUCCAAACACGCAUUUACUAAAAUGAACAAGGCUUUAGACCUUCGAAGUAGGUUUCAGACAGAAAAGGACUUUGAAGCACACAAAAAACACUUUGCUCCAUAAUUUCUCACAAACCCUGAAAGUACCGUUUUGUAGCACUUAACGUUCUUUCAGUCUCUGCUUGUUGUAGUUUUGUGUAAGAGAAAUUUCAGGGCUAAAAAUGUGGCCAGUGACAGGGAGACCUGGUUGGGAGAUCAGAUUGCUGGAAAAAAUAUGGUAUGGAAAAAAAUCAAUGGCGUUCUGCAUGGGACAAGACAUAAUCCAAAUCACCAUUCUUUGAAAGGCCUUGUACUUGUGUUGUUGCAUAUGUAUAUGGAUGGGAGUGUAUCACAUGUAGAUGUAGUGAUGUAGAUUUUGAUGUCUUUAUAUUGAGAAAAAAAAUUACUAUAGAGCAGUGAUAUUUAUUUGUUUGAUUUUUUUUUUUCUGUAAUGAAAUGGACAAAAGGGUUGGCUUGUUCCAAAGUGAAUGUCAGUUUUUGUUGAAAGCUGCCAAGGUCCCUAGUUAACUGUAGGUUACAAAUCUACCACAGAAACACAGACACAAAUAGGACAGUUAUGUCCAGUAGAUUACGGGUAGUCAUGAGAGAGAUUUAACAUGACUAGAAUUUUUGUUUUAAAGAGAAAAGUUUACAGUAGAUAUAGCGCUUCUUGCGAUUACCGAUCCUUGCGAUCCUGAAGAUCGAUUGACUGAAAGAGUUUGGUUUGUUUUUUUGUUUUCUUUUUUUUUUCCAAGUAUCAUUAAUUUUUGUUGUAUUUCCUCAGAAUACAAAACCUCAGGUUUUGAGAAGAUGCGUAGAUGCAUUUUGAUUGCAAUAAUGAGCUUGAGGUUUUAUAUACAUCAUUUUCCAGGCACUGUUACUUUGCUUGGCAUUCCGGAUUUUAAAAAAAUAAAUAAAUAAGUCAAAUAAAUGUAAAGGGGCCUUGUUCUACUGUACUGAGAACUUUUUUUUUUCUGAAAAAAAAAAAACAAAAAAACAAAAAAAAAAACUUUUA